AUGGGACGUGGGAAGAUAACCAUCUCUAGGAUAGAGAACAAAACCACAAGGCAAGUCACCUUCGCGAAACGCCGCGCCGGGCUCCUCAAGAAGACUCAUGAGCUCUCUGUGCUUUGUGAUGCCCAGAUCGGCCUUAUCAUCUUCUCCAGUAAUGGCAAAAUGUAUGAGUAUUGCAGUGCUGAGGCAUCCAGCAUGGAGAAUAUCAUAAAGAGGUAUCAGCUUGCGACAGGAACCCGGAUUGAGGAACACAAUGAAUCGGAACAAUUGCACGGUGAACUGAGAAGAAUAAAAACCGACACCCACAAUCUUCAACUGAGUCUGCAACGCUACACUGGGGAGGAUUUGAGCUCUGUAUCAAUGGAGGAACUUGAUGGACUUGAGCACAUGUUAGAGCAUUCUGUCCACAAAGUGCGAACCCGGAAGAUUGAACUCCUACAGCAGCAGAUGCAGAAUCUCCAGAGAACGGAGAAAAUACUGGAGCAUGAAAAUGGACAAAUCUAUCAUAUGAUAAAAGAGCAUGAGGCAGCAGCUGCAUUGGCCGCGGAGCAUCAUCAUCAUCAGGCGCAGAUGACAAUGGUGGCAAAGGCCGAAGAAGAAAACCGAAAUGCGAAUCACGUGAACGUGUUGAACCAGUUUCCGUUCGACGGCGAAGAGCAGCCCAGCAGUGUGCUUCAGCUUGCCACUCUUCAGGCGGCCCCCGGCAGCCACAACUUCUACCCUUGCCGUCUUCUUCCCACUCAGCCCAACCUUCAAGAUUACUCUCUUAACUGA